AAGCAUAUAUUCUUUUUCUGCAUGUAGCUCAACAGUAUGAAAGUUUUGUUUUCUUCUUGUUUCUUUUGAUGCAAAUUUGCUUUUAUCAUAGUUUGUCAUCUUUUGUUCAAUUUUACUUCCUGUUUACUUCCCUGUUGAGGACAGCUUUGCUCUAAGUUGGUUAGGUAUGGGAUGGCAGCGUGGCUGUCCACUAGUUAGUAAAUCAAAAGAGUCCAACCACAGUCCAGUUACUUGUUCUACAUUUAUAUGCACUUGGAUGGAAAGAUUGAGAAAAUUAGGGUAUUUUGUAGCUUCUGUAAAAUACAUAAAUGCAAUGGCUCUUUUGCUCAUUCCUUUCAACAUUUAGUGUUAAAAUCAAGCACAUACUUUAUAGUAAGAUAAAGCAUUAACAAUAAUUCUGUACUGAUACUGGAAUGAUCUGAAUAUAAGAAACAUUUUUGUAGGAUUAUAAUGAUGUGAUUUUUUUCUGACAAAGUGCGAAGUAUCUCAAUAAUGUGGGAAGUGCUCUUGAUUCUCACAGACAAUACUAUUCUUUCAAAGGAAAGAUCAAAAAUAUUGAUGUUUUUUAAUAUAGGGCUGACAUGACAUUCACCAUCACAGAAAAUGAAUGAAUUCAUUCUUGUUAGGUGUUGCUAAAUACCAGGGCUGAUACUAUGUAAAAGUGCUUUCUGUUGUUGUUGGUUUUUUUUAAUCCAUGCUCAUAAUAUGAAAUAGAAGUAAAGUAAGCUAUGCUUCUGUGGCUAUAAUGUUUUCUUUCCUCCUGUAUGAGCCUUCAUUUUUCCCCCAUUUUUUUUUCUACAAAUGCUGAUACUGCCAUUUCCAAGUAGUACUUGCCAACUGAGCUCCUUUUAACAAGGAAGAAAAACAGAAUUUAGUGUAGCAUAAGCAAAAUAUUUAUCAGCGUAAGUAAAGUUUUUCUUCUUCCUUGAAAAGUUUUUUCAUAUAAAUUCAUGUUUCAUAUAGACUUAUGAUAAUAGUACAAUGAAUGAAUAAGUUAAGUAAAUCACAUUUCAGAACCUAAAGAGGUCAGAUUGGUAUCGUUUACUGUCAUUUCACAUGUGCCAGGCAUUGGCCAUUUAAUAUUCUUAUCCUAGUUCUUGGACUAAAGACUUCAAUGAAAACAGUGAGAACUUGCCCACCGUCAAGCCAGGGAGGGAAAUGGAAGUGCAUCCACAGAGAUAGUGACCUGGAAAAUUGUAUCUAUGCUCUCAUGAAGGGGGUGAAUUUCUGAGGGGUUUUUCUUUGAAUUACCUACUUCCUCUGCCUUCUGCAAGAAACAAUUCUAACACUUUGUAGUGUUUAAGUAUAGCUCAAAAGGAAAAUGGAAAAGCAGAUCAUGGUCAGAUGGAUUGUCCGCUGCCAGCCUUGCAUGCACUCUUGAUCUAUGCUACCUCAGUCUGUUGUUUCAGCAGAACAUUUAGAAGAUGUUCUUCAUUUUUCCUUACCAGUGGAAAACCAAUAAGUAAUUCACAGUUGUAAAUCAAAAUAAAAUGAUUUGUUCCCUUUAGUUCCCAUCUGUAAUUUUCAAACGUUGUCUGGGCUAAAACUACUUGUAGUUAGCUUUACCAGACUACUGGUGGCUUCCUCACUUGGUAAUACAAAUAUUCUGUCUACUUUAGCAUCUACAUCACUGGCAGGUUAGAUGCAGAAAAAUAAACACUAUAUUUGCUUGUGUAACUGAAUAUGAAUUAUUGUUUUACUUAAUAAAUUCAGAACUACUGCUGGACAGGAUAUUUUUUCAGACAGUGACUUAUUUUAGUCCAUAGGAAGAAAAUACACAACACUAUCUGUGAAAAGCAUAAAAACUCAGGCAUGGUCUCAAAUAUUAAGUGUUCUAGUAAUUCUAGAAUUGCAAUUCUUAUUUAUAAUGUCUGUGUUUCAAUUAAUGUUCUAGUUUAAAAAAUUUCUAGGAUACCUUCAAGGUCAGUAUUCUCUGAAGGUUUGCUUUUCAUUGGUAUGACUAUGAAAUUAUCUUUUCUUCUUAAACAAAGCUACUGGAAAGUUAAGAGAUAAAUGAAUUCUGAAACACUGAAAAAAAAUCAGCAAUAGGUUUUGGCUUCCACUUUUAUAGGACACUUCAUACAAGAUGUGAAUAUGGCUGGCUAUUAGUGGGGUUCAGAAUAGGAUUCUCUCUCCUGUGUUUCUGAAGCCAUUCUCAGAUUUUAAAUUUAGCAGCUAGCAGAAUGUGGCAUAUAACUACUCUCUCUUUUGCCAUUAAGAUUUAAAAUAUAAAUGGAAGGAUUUGAGCUUUGUCAAAGAUGUUUGAAUCUCUACAUAAUUUUACAUCUUGUAGUGGCAACUCUGUUGAUUCUGUUAUUUAAUGAAAUGUAAUGAAAAAGACAACAGGAACAUGAACCUAUCAAGUUCCAAGCAGAUUUUUUAUGUUUGCUUUUCAUAAUUUGUUUAGCUAACAAAAAUUCCUCAUAAUAACAUUCUGAAUCUAGAUAAUACAAAAAUACUUUUAGCUGUAAAGCAUGGAAGUUAUUUUGUUGGGGAUAGAUAGAUAGAUAGAGAGAGGGAGGACGUUUCGCUUAGUUGUGAGAAUCUAAUUGCAGGAAAAAGAAAGUCAUUAAAAAGGCCUAAGGUUAAGACAUUUUGUAAGGAUGCAAACAACUUACUUGGCUGUCUCUACAAUGUGUUUAUUUGCUGUAGAAGUGAGGAGAGAGCAAUUUUGAACUAUCAGGUUCAAAGAAGCCAUAAAUCUGGAAUUAAAACUGCAAUGUUAACACUAUGUCAGAUUCCUGGUACAAAUCUGAAAACUAAGCAGAGGAAGCAUGAUAUUUAUUAGACAAGAAAAAAAUAAUCUGAUGAAUGGUUUUGGGCUUUGACAUGUACUGCUUUGUUUCUUCGUUCUUUUUUAUUUUACUCUUUGUUUUACAUGGCACAGGAGAUACACACAUACACAAGUGGUUGGAAAAAAAACAAAACAUUUUGCACAUCAUUAUCCUUCGAUGAGGGACUUGGGCCACUGUCUUCCCCGGCAGCUAGGUCAUCACUGUUGAACCUCAGCUCUCUAGUCAAUAACUUUUUAUCCAAAUCACAAUGAAAAUCUGUAGGUCUCCCUUAGCUCCUCUUGGCUGUGCAACUUUUAUCUACCUGGUGUUUCAAGUGUGGGACCAGGCUCUCAUUAAAAUAUAAAGCUUCCAAGGGUCUAAACUUUUGCUGAAAGAUGUACUUGGGGAUAUAUGAAAAACUUAUGUGAUGACCUGAGGGGUGGAUGGAAUAAAAGGGUGAAACAAAUACAUUCUGUCUCUUUUUACUAUGUUUUUAAAUGCUAGAAAUGGAAUUGGAUUUUUGGCCAAAGUUUACAAUCUUUAGCCAUGGGUAUUCUACAGUUCACUGAUGGAGACAUCCUUUACUGGGACAGGCAGUAAGACUUUAUGUCAGGCUUUAUAUUGCCUUGUACUUCAACAAAACUCUGUUUCUUGCAUUUUGGAAAUACACUGAGAACAGGAGCUCUCUAAUAUGAAUGCCUCAAAUCUUAGAUGGGUGCACCAGUUCACUCUUCUGCUGUAGACUUUCCUUGAGUUCUUGAUAUACUAUUUCUGGUGUGUUUUAUAGCUGUUACUUCUAGUGAUAUUCUUCCUCACAGAAGUAUUGUGAGGCCUUGCAUUAUUUAUAUGAAAUAAUAUUAUGGAAAUCAUAUAAAUACCAAGAAUUGAACUUUAUACAGAUCUGCCUAUUCUUUCUGUCUGAAAUUUCACAACAGUUUGUUGUCCUUCAUGGCUUCUAUUUCUGCUUUUUGGUCACCCAGUUUAUUAGCUGUCUGUACUGACGUCUUUCUGGCACUGGAAAAAAUCCAGGUUGGUUGAGCUGAGAGGAAGAUACAAUAAUUGCUUGCAGGACACUAUCUGCAUUUGAUCCACUUAAUUGGCUUAACAAUUAAUUAAUAAAUAUACACCUGUUUUGUGACUUAAAAAAUAGGCAAAGAAUCUGAUACCAUUUUUAGAUUCAUCUACAAGUCUCCACUGAUGUUUUUCCAAGACACGAAUACUCAGAAUUGCUUAGCAGCAGUAGGUUUUACACAGUAGCAUUUUAAGCAGAAAUAUUACAAUAGCAGGCCAUAUUUUAUGGAGUAGUUCCAAGAAUCAUUAUCACUCUCAAAGUGAAAAGUUAAGGCAACCUUGUGGUAUAAAAAAAAAUGUUAAAAGAAAAGCAUGAAAUCUGGCAGAUGUCCUCUGGUAAUGAAAUGCAAAGGACUUGGGAAGAUAAGAAUAAAACAUUUCCUCGCUAUGCUAAUUGGCCACUUCACAACAAAGACUCCUAUGGUUUUAUAGAUUGUAUUCUGUGCUUAAUUUCCUCACCAGCCAACCUGCCAGCAUUCUAAGCUCUCUCCUAAACUGUCUUCUGAGAUUAAUGUCCUGUCUCUGACCUGUAUAUUAUUUUGAACUGAGAUUUGGUACACUCUGUAGUCUCAUAUCCGGCUAUAGUUCAAAACAUAAAUAAGACUUCAAGAGAUGUGAUAACUUACUCAAAUUAGACUUCUGUUGCCCUUAAUCUAGAAUAAUGACAAACUUUCCCUCAAACUACUCAGGAAAAGAAAUCAGUAUGCAAUUGGCUUUCCUAGAUCAUAGGGAGUUAUGGAAUACAGAUACAAAUAUGCCUAAUAAUAUACAUAUAAUCAGGGCUGAAUGCAGUAUCUUAGAAGAUGUGACAGCUGAGCAAUAGUUUGCUCUGAAUUCUUAUAAAUUCAAGUUAUCUAAUUCAAACCACAAUUACCUGAAAUGAGCUCUGUGAGUGCUAAUACUGUGAAGAAAUGAGGUCUGAUAAACACUUUCCUGGAACCUUGAGUAAUUCGAGAUAUUGUUGUAGCAUGUUUGUAGCUUGCUGUUAGACAAAGCUUUGAUGAACUUUUGAUAAGCAAGAUCACAUGAAGAUACGUUUAAAAAGUAGAAGACAAGCUGUACACCUAAAAGAAUCCUGUACAGUGAUGAUUUUGUUUCUGCAUGGAAAACUAUACAUUCCUACUUUAAUAAGAGCAUUUUUAAUGCUCUUUGUUUUUUCCUGUAGGAUGGUAAUACAGUACUGAAUUGUAGGUUUUCAGGGAUAGCUGCAAUAUGAGUGCAGGGUUGAGUAGCUAUGUAGCUUAUAUGAAUACGUGCAUACAUGCUAUUCAAGAUAGACCUGACGGAUAUUAAAGAACCUUUGCCCCCUUCCUUAGUGAAUUUUGUUCUCUUGAACUUCUGGUUCCACACUGAGCUUCAGCUUUUCUCAUCACACAGCUCAUGACGCACAGGGCAACACAGAAUUUUGUCUGAAUUCUGCCUUUUAAAAAUAAAUUCUGUGCAAUGAUUCCUGCAUCACAACUCAUGACCUGGGAGAGAGUUCUCGUUCUGUGUAUACAGCAGAAAGAGAGUGAUAAGCCCCAGACAUUUUUCUUUCUGAACGUUUCACCAAAAUCCGUGUAGCUGAGCGCAGCACAGGGGACAUUUAAGUGCUUUUUGUGUGAAUCAUAACAGUGUGCAUACCAUUGAGUCUCAGGAGAACUGACAAUAAUUGUCGAUGUAACAUAGAAGUAAUAGAAGGCUCUUUUGUUAUGUUUUGUUUUGUUUUCAGUGUAAGCUCACAAACAAAUUGAGUAUGUUUUGUAUCUGUAGCUGAGCAUGGGUCUCUGGAGACAGGAACGUUCUGAAGUUUGGAGAUAAAAUUUUAAUUUUUUGCAGAAAUCAUUUUUUAAGAUGGACUUUGGAUGUUUCCUUGGAUGUCUUUAGUACCCUCUACUCUUUUAGCCGCAUGAUUCAGUGUUAUCACUGGUUGUUUUCAUCUAGAAUCAUUUUGUGGAAACAGCCACUCUGAUUUCAUGUUUGUUUAUUUAUUUAUUUAUUUAUUUCCUCUUAAUUCUUUAAAAACUUGUUAUUAUUUUUCUGUCUGUGAACUUUUAUAAAAACACAGGCCUCACUAUUCAGAUACACUCCCUUCUAACUGCAUGCUUGGUACUUUCUUCAAUAAUCAAUUAGUUUCACACUUAAUUAUACCUGAAAUACUUGUUUCAGACAAUCACAUUUUUUACCCUUAUGAUAUUAAAAUUAAUUAAAGUUCAGCAUCUGUAUUAUGCUGUAUUUAAUCCUGUAUUACAUAGUUCAUAGUUAAUUUCGCUAUUAUGUCAAUAUGAUGUUAGGUCCAACCUGAGACACUUCCACCGGUAAUGCACGUUUCAGUUAAACCUCCAUCUGAUUGCUUGUUGUAUGUACACUUGGGAAUCUGCAGUGAGGCCAAUCUUGUAUCUUUAAGCUCUUCCCUGGGAAUCUGUUUGGCUAGAGAAGAUCAGCAAAAGCAUUAGCUGCAAACAAAGAACCAUGCCCCAUUGUGGCAUGCAGAGUAUCUCUUUAGAAGUGCCUGCUGUCAUCUUUGCAGGCUCUCAAUAGCAAUGUAAUGAUCUUUGUCUAAUGGAGAUCUAGUUACUGUCAGCAACAGAAGGCAUAUGUCCAGAGAGAACAAAGGAGCACUUAUUUUCACAUUUCACUGAUGAUAUUAUGAUAACAUUUUUGCAUUGUCUUUAAAAAAAUAUUGUACAGGUGCUGUUGAAUUGAUAAUUAAUAAGUCCUAGUUUUAAAAUGCUAGUCAAAUUCUGUGUAGUAAUACUUUGCAUGUUACUGUGCACAGUAAAACAAUACCCUAGAUUCUUUCUUGUUUUCAGUCUUGCAUAUUUUAAUAUUUUCUUUGAUGCUAGAUAUAGAUAAGAAAUUGAUCCUGACAGUUAGCUGUAACAGCGCCUAGGUAAAUUUUGUUUAUAAUAAAUUUGUUUAUAAUUUUUCAGUUAAUCUCUCUGGCUUCAUAAAAUCUAUGAAAGUAACUAGAGAAUGGGUGGAGAAAGACACCAGGUAAAGAAGAGUCCAUAAGACUAAUGCAUGAGUGAAGACGGAAAGUAACUGUAGCUUGCUCUUGUCUGGAAAAUGUAGCAUGGUGAUCACAACACACUAUUGUCCUGUCUAUAUGGAGGGAUGGCAUACUUAUAUGUAUAGAACGUAUACAUCUGAACAUACAUGCUAUAUUGGAGCCUAAUGACAGCUGUCUACUUCUAUUCAAGGCAAUAUUUCAUAGUCAUUGAUCUCUUACUGCUAUGUAUCUUGACAUAUUCCACUGGCAUGCUGUUCCGCAUCUACAAACUCAAACUAGGAUACCUGAAGAAAACCUUUCAGCUCCUGGCUUUUCAGGUAUUAGUUGGACUGUUUCUGAAGGUGCAUUGCUGGUGAACACCACUACUAGUUUCAGUAGUGACAUGAUAUGUAAUAUGUAGUAUUAUGAUAUAAAUAUACAGUAUAAUGAUGGAUAUAAUGACGUGAUAGAGAGGAGUGUUUUUCUUCUCCAUAAAUAUAUGAUCCCGGUCUCAGAAUGUGCAGGAAAGAUGAACUGGAUACUGUCUUGGAUACUGAUGAACAGCAGAAACAACCUCUCUUGUUGAACUUAUUGAGACCAACAAACAUAAACAAUGGAUCCACUCCAAAACAAAGAUGUCUCUAUGCAGAAAUACUACUGGCUUCUAUGGUAGUGACGUCAACAAUGAAGAAGACAGUGCAGCUGAGAAUCAAGAAAAUGGCAGAGGAGCAGAUAAAGAGAGGAAGAGAGCAAAACCGAGAACCAGAAGGGGACAUGCCAGAGGGAGAGCCAGACAUGGUGGUGAGGAGGAUGGAGAUGAUGAAGAUGGGACAAGGAGAGCUGGGCAACGCAGGCAGAGGAACCGGAGGGGACGUGGACGAGCAGGUGGAAAUGAGGGCAGUGAUUCUGAGGGGGAUCCUACAAAAGCGAGGAAGAACCAGGCAAAUCAAAAAUCAAAGGAAGAUGAUGAACAAGAGGAAGAUGAAAAAGGGGGUAAGAGUGGGAAAGGCAAAAAUGAGAAGAAACAGGACAAAAAGGCUGAUAAGAAAGGGAAAAAAGAAAAGGCCAACAAGAAGAAAAAGGACAAAAAGAAAUCAGGAUCUGGCUCUGAUUCUGACUCUGAGGAGGAGCCGAUUACUGAGGAGGAAUUGGCCAAGCUGAAAGAAGAGGUAGAAGAAAAAAAGAAGCUAAUUGCCACGUUACGAAAUAAGCCAUGGAAGAUGAAAAAGAAGUUGUCAGUUCUAAAAGAAGCACAGCUUUUUGUUGAAAAAUUUGAAGGUGCUCUUGGAAAAGGGAAGGGAAAAAAGUUCUAUGCAUACAAAGUGAUGAUGACCAAGAAAUGGAUGAAAUUCCAAAGAGAUUUUGAGAAUUUUAAGACAGCCUGCAUACCCUGGGAAAUGAAAAUUAAAGAGAUUGAAAGUCACUUUGGCUCAUCGGUAGCAUCUUAUUUCAUAUUCUUACGCUGGAUGUAUGGAAUAAACAUGAUUCUCUUUGGACUGACGUUUGGACUUGUAAUGGUGCCUGAGGCUUUGAUGGGAAAGCCAUAUGGCUCUUUACCUAGAAAAACUGUUCCAAGAGCUGAAGAAGCUACGGCUAUGAACUUUGCUACUCUUUGGGAUUUUAGUGGCUUUGCACAGUAUUCUGUGCUUUUUUAUGGCUAUUACAAUAAUCAGAGGACAAUUGGAUGGCUCAAGUUCAGGAUGCCUCUUUCCUAUUUCCUUGUUGGUGUUGGGACUAUUGGCUACAGCUUUAUGAUUGUCAUUCGAACAAUGGCAAGGAAUGCAAAUGAAGAAGGUGGUGGGGAUGAUACUAGCUUUAAUUUCAGCUGGAAAAUGUUCACGAGCUGGGACUACCUGAUUGGCAAUCCUGAGACAGCAGAUAAUAAGUUUGCUUCUAUCACUACCAGCUUUAAGGAAGCUAUCGUGGAGGAGCAGGAGAGCCGAAAGGAGGAAAAUAUUCACUUGACUCGGUUCCUGAGGGUUCUUGCUAACUUCUUAGCCCUGUGCACACUUGCUGGGAGUGGCUACCUCAUAUUUUUUGUUGUGAGAAGAUCCCAGAAAUUUGCCCUGGAAGGUCUGGAGAACUACGGGUGGUGGGAAAGAAAUGAAGUAAACAUGGUCAUGUCACUUUUGGGAAUGUUCUGUCCAACCUUGUUUGAUGUUAUCAGUUCUCUGGAAAACUACCAUCCUCGAAUAGCUCUAAGAUGGCAGCUCGGACGCAUAUUUGCUCUUUUUCUUGGCAAUCUCUAUACUUUCAUUAUUGCCCUAAUGGAUGAAAUCAAUCUCAAGUUGGAAGAAGAAAAGAUAGUCAAGUAUAACAUGACAAUAUGGGAAGCCAGCCUGUACAAUGGCACUAUUCCAGAAAAUUCAACUGCUCCGCCAAUUCAGGUGGACCCUGCAGAUGUUCCCAGAGGACCAUGUUGGGAAACAAUGGUAGGCCAGGAAUUUGUACGGCUGACAGUCUCUGACACGAUGACAACAUAUAUCACAAUUCUAAUUGGUGACUUCUUGAGAGCUGUCUUUGUUAGGUUUUUCAAUUACUGCUGGUGCUGGGACUUGGAAUAUGGAUUUCCAUCAUAUUCAGAGUUUGAUAUAAGUGGGAAUGUGCUCGGACUGAUAUUUAACCAAGGCAUGAUCUGGAUGGGAUCUUUUUAUGCUCCAUGUCUCCCAGCAAUCAAUGUGUUCCGACUCCAUACUUCAAUGUACCUGCAAUGCUGGGCAGUGAUGUGCUGCAAUGUUCCCCAGGAGAGAGUCUUCAAAGCAUCCAGAUCAAACAACUUCUACAUGGCCAUGUUGCUUUUCAUUCUCUUCCUUUCUACACUGCCUGCUGUGUACACCAUUGUCUCCAUUCCACCAUCUUUUGACUGUGGCCCUUUCAGCGGGAAAACAAGAAUGUUUGAAGUCAUAUCAGAAACUCUGGAGCAUGACUUCCCUUCUUGGUUUGGGAAGGUAUUUGGUUAUGCCUCUAACCCUGGACUCAUCCUACCUUUUAUAUUACUGAUGGUCCUGAGUAUUUAUUAUCUCAAUGCUACAUCCAAGUCCUACAAGGAAGCUAACCUGGAACUUAAAAAGAAACUACAAAGUCAAGCAGAAGAAAACAAAAGAAGAAAUAAACAAAAGGCACAGAAAUCAAAUGAACAAGAGGAAAAUCCAUUUGAGACAGAGCCACCACAGUCAAAGCAAAAAGGAGGCAAGCAAGAUGAAUCUGCUGCAAAUCAAGAUAACAAGAAAGAACAGAGUGGCAAUGAAGCAAAGACAACAGGUCAGCCACAGGAAGCAAGUGCAAGUUCCUCUCAGAAACCACAGCAUCCAGGCGCUGCCCUGAAUGGCCACUAUCCACCACAGGGCAGAGGAGGAAACCUUCUUCCCCCGCCCAUAGCUGUGACUCGGCCACCGGGGCCAAGUGGGUAUGCAGCACCAGGCUAUCCACCCGGACACCCACGGUUUCCAGGGGUACAGCCAGGAAUGCCCAGAGGUCCUCCCCACUACAGAUAAGGAAGCUGUCUGUCCUUUUCUGCUUUGUUAUAAGGUUCAGGACACUGAAGGAGACAGGAGUGAUCUUGACUUGCAAAAAACUCCUGGAAAUGCAGAACUCUGUUGUGUUUAUUAUAAAUCUUCAUCUGCAUAUUCAUGCGCUUCAAUUUUUGUGGGAUGGGACUUUUCAGCAGAAAAAAAAAAUGCAUCUGUCUGCUUGCUUUUCAAGAUAUUGCAAAAAUGUGUGUCAAAACUAGUUUAGCUGUGUCAAAAUGAAACUUAAGGUAUGUACUGGAAAAUAUUGUUAGGAAAAUAAAAAUUAUUUUGUAAUUUUUUGUUAUUUUCUUAAAAGCUUGUAACAGUGUCUCUAAUUCCUUUUUCUCUUCCUCAAACAUGUUAGCUGGAAACACAGCUUCUUAGAAAGUGCACUGAAGUCUGUUAUAUUUAAAAACUGCAAAUGGCUUGACCUAUGCAGUAGAGAUAUGCUUACUCAAAGAGUUCUGAUUUUGCAUGAUGAAACUGUGAUCGUUUCAGAAGUUGGGUAAUUAUCUCUAAAGUCUUUGGGAAAUUAUUUUAGACAUAAAAGAAAAGCAAAAUUCUGCCUGUUGCUAUGAAGAAAAUUUAACUCCUAUUGCAGUGCCACUUUUAGCUAAUACAGCAAUAAUGAGUUUUAUCAUAUUUAGAAAGACUAAAUAUGAAUUAAAAAAAAUAAAGUGGUGAAGAAGUAUUUUCUGUGCGUAUAUAUGCAAAUAUGAAUUUAAGGAAUAUAGGUAAGGCUGUUAUCCGUAUUUUUCCCCAGAUACCAGGAUUUUGUUCUUGCACAAAGACAUUUAUUACUGCAUAAGAAUAUAUGCUAUCCAUCUGCUCUGUGGAUAUAUUAUUGUAAAUUUGUAUUGAUAUCUAAAGAGUCCAGGGUGGAACAGAUCUUUAGUAUGAUAGUGUAGUAGAAACACAGAAUAGAUGCAUGUUCAUUUGUAAACUGUUGUUACUUAUUCCAAUGAGACAGUCAUAUUUUUAUGUUCUGAUUUUAUUUUGCUGUCCAGACUUCAGGCUUUGAUAUUUAUCUUAAUACUCAGAGGAUAAAUAACAGCAGUAUAGUCAAUAGACUGUCUUCUGAAAAAUAAAUGCAAUUCUGCAUUUAUUCUGGGGAUUUUCUGUAUAAAAUGGGUUAAUUUUGUACCAUAGAACAAAAAGUAUAUAAUAUCUCAGUAUUUUGCAAGUCUGUGGUAUCACACACACACACACAAAUAAAUAAUCCAUUUAAUCAGAUUGUGGAACCUAUGGGAAAAAAAAUUACAUAAAACUAUACAGUCUGCAUAUCCCCAUAAAACAGUCAGUCAAAUGCAAAUUCCAACUCAAGCAGUCUAUAAAUCAAUUGCCAGAUGCUAGGAGGAUAAACUAAAGGAAAGUUCACUUUAAAAUCUACUUAAUUCUUGCACUGAUUCUAUAAGCAUCUGCUAUCGGGUAGUGAUAGGACAUUAGAUCAAUCAGAUCUUUAGCCAGCAUCAGCAUGACUGCUCUGUGUACAAACACAAAGCACUGCUAAGUGAAUUGAGAGAUAACUGCAUUGCAAUAAGCAUGAGGUCUUUCCUAGCAGACAAAAUGGAAUUGCAUUGCUGCUAACUGAGUGGACAAAUGGGUUAAGACUGGAUCCCAAGGAAGGUCUGCAUCUGGGGUACUGCGAUUCUUGUAAUUUAAAUUACACAAAGUGCAGCAUGGAUCAUUUCAUCUUUGGAAGAUAAGAUUUUUAAUCUAUGGAGGUCAGAUGUUUUCAGAAAAUAGAGUAACUUAAACCUUUAAAAAUGUGAAAUAUUCAAAAUAUUAAAUCUGAACACACUUUUAGUCCAGAAAUACAUUAAAUUGUAAGCUAAAAGUAAGCCUCAGUGCUCUAGGGUUUUCCCUCAUCCGUGGGUUUAGAACAAACUUUUCCAAAGAACAAGGAAAUGUUUGUCACAAGAUAUUAGUUUGAGACUUUUUACACCUACCACAGACAUUCAUAUAAGAAAAUGCUGAAUAUUCCUUAGAAAAAAAGGAGAUGCUAUCUGCAAUCAAGGCCAUGCAUUACAUCCUUGUUUAGGAACAGGUGAAGAAACUAAUUUUAAAUAUUCUUUGUGACAUGGCAAUCCAUACAAAGGAGAAAAGAUAGAGCAGCUUUUCAAGGUUAUUGAAAUAAAUUAGAGUAACAAACUGGUUCUGAAGCAGUCUGGUUCCAUGCAAGCAUCCAUACAGGCCUUAAUAAGGAUCUCUAGUUCCUUUAGGAGUGAAAAAUUUCUGUGUUUUUUGCUUAGUUUUUAAGUCUGCAGAAUUGUUUUGCAUCAUGAAUGGGAAAGAGAGAGUCCACCUGCUAAAAUUAUUCUGUUACACUGAUACUUUUUUUCAGCAAUAUUUUCAACAACAAAUGUCUUCUCCGUAUGCAUCCGUACAGGCACAUAUAAGCAUGUAAUAUCUGACAUGAAUAACAGUAACGAAGAUCGAUGUUCCUUAUGUCCUGUGAUCAGCAUUGAUCACUGCAGUGACUGUAAAUAAGAUAUUUAUUCUUAUUCCUUAAUGUACCUAAGUAAAGACCUUUGCUCACUGUUAUAUGAAGCUUUGCUUUCAGUGCUUUCCAGCUUAGUUCUGUUUAAUCAAUUGACAUAUUCUUAAUAAAAUAACAUGGAUUUAACAGACAAGAUCUGAUAUUAUACCUUAUCAGUGUUCAAUAUUAAAUCCACAUUUAGGAAAAGAUGCUGCUUACUUGUUAAAAGUAACCUGAAAGUGCUUUACAGUUCAUUUCCUUUCUGUAAAUCCUUUCUCCAGUCCUUCUAUAUUUUGAGUCUUUAGUUCAAUUACUUUACCUCCACUUUAAAAAAAUAAAAAAAAUUUAAAAAUCUGAGCAUGUUCAUGGAGAUGAUAAAGAUUCUGGAAGGCUUUGUUGCAGCCUUUCAGUAUUUAAGGGGAACUUACAAGAG